ACAAUGGAAGAAAAGCAGAGAAAGAGACGGCGGCGACAACGGCAAUUACUGGUGGUUUUAGCGGUGGUUAUCGGAAUAAUAUUGCUAUUAAUAAUACUAUCCACCACAGUAUUCAAACCCCGGCGACCCAUUAUCACAGUUAACUCAGUAAACCUUGGUGAUACAGACAUAUCGUUCGAUGCUCUCCGCAUGAAUGUUCACCUAAAUAUUUCUCUUAAAGCUACCAUUUCCGUCAAAAACCCGAAUAAAGUCGGGUUCAAGUAUUCCCCGAGCUCCGCCUUUUUGGAUUACAGGGGUCAGGUUGUCGGACAAGCUCCCAUACCCGCUGGGAAGAUAUCCGCCGGCCAAACGCUUCCAUUGAAUUUAACUGUGAUCGUCAUGGCGGAUCGAUUGCUUUCAAACUCACAAACCCUAAUUUCGGAUUUGCUUGCCGGUACUCUCCCGCUUUCUACUAACACUAGGAUCUCUGGGAAGGUUACUGUCGUUUUUGUUAAGGUUCAUGUCGUUUCGUAUUCUUCUUGCAAUCUUAAUAUCUCUGUAUCUUCUCGAUCUAUUACUGAUUCUGAUUGCACGUACAACACUCAUUUAUCUUGAUCGGUAUCGUUUUUGAUAAAGCAGAAAGAAAUUUCUAUGUAUGGAGAAGCAUUCUUUGUUAUUUAUUAAGUCUUUCUUAAUUAAGUUUCAACAACUAUCUUGUGAAUUGUGUCCUUUUCUAUCUCUCUUAGUCAAUUUAUCAGUAAUUGGUAUGGCUGUAUUUGUAUUUAUUACCUCAAUAGAAGUAGUUGGGAAAUAAUGAAUUCCAAUGAAUUGGUCAAAGAAACCGACUUUAUAAUCACUUGAUAGUAUGAACUAUGAACUAGAAGUGGGGUCAGAUCAUUUAUGAUUACAUAGACUGGGAACAGAUGGUUGUUGGUUAGCAACAGAGUAGAAGCUAUGCAUUUAAAGGGUCAUCCAUGGCGUUGCAUUUAUUAUAAUUUAUGAUUUGCUGUUUUUGGUAUAAGAACAACUCUUGUUUGAUCUUGGUGUGAUCUAAAUCAUCAAUUCAUCACCAUCAACCAAUAUAAUUCUCUGGGUUUUGAAUGACAGGAUUAGGAAAACAAAAAAGUAGCAUGACUUUGAGUGAUCAAAAUAGGGUAAUUGGGAAUGGAGUGGGUGCACAAGCCACGGCUCCUCCUAAACCUCGAACAAGGAGGUGUCGGGCUGCUGUGAUAGCCUGUCUACUCCUGUUGUUGACAGUUAUACUAGUAGCGUUGAUAUUAGGAUUGACGGUGUUUAAGGUUAGACAACCGAAGACCCAGGUAGUGUCUGCUUCCUUAGAAGGUGUAGCUCCUAGGAUCUCUUUCCCAGCCAUAAAGGUUGAGCUUAACGUCACUCUGAAUCUCACUCUCUUGAUUCAGAACAAGAAUCAUGCCCGCUUUAAAACUGGUCAGGGUGAGGGAGUUUUAUUGUAUAAGGGCAACACCGUUGGGGAAACUCAGCUUCCUCCAGGGUUGAUUCGAGCCCGGGAUACUUCCACUUUGUAUUGCCUUCUCACUGUGGAGGUCGAUAGAUUCGCUGGUUCUGGAUUGAAUUCACUUAUCAACGACAUAUCCACUGGAGAGCUUGUAAUGGAAACGAAAACCAGGAUCCCAGGCAGGGUCACUAUAAUAGGUAUUUUCCAUAAACAUAUUGUCUCUACCUCUGAUUGUAAGAUUGUCAUCGGAUUUCCAGACCUUAACAUCAAAAGUCAGGACUGCAAGCAUCACGACAAACUUUGAAGCGUUCUUCCAUAUAUAAUCUUUGUCCGGCACUGCUACUUUGUUUGCUUCUAAUCUUUUCAUCACCCUUUUGUUUUCUGUUCUUUGUUGACAGCAAGAUAUAUAUUUUUUAUCAUUUUUGUACAUAGAUACUUAUAUACUUCUAGAGAUUUUGUUCUGUAUUGCAGUAUGAGAUAUAAUUUAUACAUUUAAUUAUUUGGCUUA